AUGAGUAUUUCUGGUUACACCCAGAUAACAAAUUCUUUAAAUGUUAAGGAUUUUAAGGUGAAGAAUUUGCCUAUGAAAUGUUAUGGUUCUUAUUUUUAUAGAAUUGUGGGUUCUUGUAAUGGUGUUAUUUGCUUGUCUUGCAACUCUAGUGCAACAAAUUAUAUCAUUUAUCUGUGGAAUCCUUCCAUAAGGAAAUGCAUACAUGUCCCUGAUCCGAAUGUCAUGUACAAGACUCAUGGCAGGGUCAUUUACAUUCAUCGAAUUGGUUUGUUUGAGGAAGUACCUGUUCUUGUAGAGGUUUACUCUGUGAGUGCUGGGUCAUGGAGAUACAUUGAGAACUCGAGUCCUAAGCAUUUACUUCAAAUGCAACAAUCUACGCAAUGUUUCUUCAAAGGCGCUAUACAUUGGAUGGGGUAUAACCGGCUUAACCGUGGUUUAAGUGCCAUUGUGACUUUUGAUGUGGUGGAUGAGAGUUUUGGUGAGGUGAAGUUACCAGCUUCUUUGGAAGGGUCUAAAUCAAGUUUUAGGAAAUUGAUCACUAGAGUUUGUUGGGACAUGAUUGCUUUAAUUCAAGUGAAUUCAGGUUGUUGUCAAAUAUGGGUGAUGAAAGAGUAUGGUGUUGCGGAUUCAUGGACUAAGAUGUUUACAUAUGCUCAUCCGACCUUGCGUCCAAUUAUGCCGGCAAUAAGUAUCAGAAAAAACAAGGAUAUUUUAAUGUUAACGACGAAUUAUGAGCUGAUUUGGGACAACCAAGAUGCCACCAUAGACAAUUUUAUGGAGAGGCUUCAUGCUUUCGAGAAUUUCAAAGUUCCAGAUAAUAUAAUGCUUUCUGCUCAGAGAAUUGGUGAUAAAAUGGAGGAAUUAGGAGUGGUUACAGAGCCACUUAGUGGAUGCUAG